UCCUGGAAGGAGGCCAGCAUUCAAUUCCUUUACUGCCACAGUGCCUCAGGGAGAGAGGCACCCUCUGAUAACCAUCUGUGGAAGUUUUGCAACACGUGUGUGCAUCCUUCUGGGCUGAGCGCUGAGCAGUGCCCGCCUCUUUGGGCCUGAGCCUGCGUGGCAGCUCAAAUACCAUAGGUGUGCCCGGCAGGGGCAGAGGGCUGAGGAGUCUGCCAGAGAUGAACCCGGACAUGCGAUGAAGCCAGGGGGCCCUCGGGACCAGAUGCUGCUCGCGCAUCCGGGGGCUUCUUCACCUUGUCCUAGCGGAGCUCAACAGGCCCGGGCGCGCUGCCUGAGCCACCCGUGGGAGCCCCAGCCAACUGGGGAGAGCUGGCCACGUUCCAGGCUCCGGGCUGGCAGGGAAGCUUGGCAGCCAGUUCCAACAGGAGGGCGGCCCCAGCUCGGGCAGGCCAGCGCUGAGGGGUGACUUCUCACUAUAGGAAGCCCCAGGCUGAGGAGAUGGAAGAACAGGUGUUCAAGGGGGACCCGGACACCCCUCAUUCCAUCUCCUUCUCCGGAAGCGGCUUCCUCUCCUUCUACCAGGCUGGGGCCGUGGACGCCCUGCGGGACCUGGCCCCCAGGAUGCUGGAAACCACCCACCGCUUUGCCGGGACGUCGGCAGGCGCCGUGAUUGCGGCCCUGGUCAUCUGCGGGAUUGAGAUGGGCGAGUACCUCAGAUUCCUUAAUGUGGGUGUGGCUGAAGUGAAGAAAUACUUCCUGGGGCCCCUGGCCCCCUCCUGCAAGAUGGUGCAGAUGAUGAGGCAGUUUCUGUACCGGGCCCUGCCUGAGGACUCCUACAAGGCUGCCACGGGGAAGCUCCACGUCGCCCUCACCCGGCUCACGGAUGGAGAGAGUGUUGUGGUCUCAGAAUAUAGGUCCAAAGAAGAGCUCAUCGAGGCCCUCUACUGCAGCUGCUUUGUCCCUGUGUACUGUGGUCUCAUCCCCCCGACUUACCGCGGUGUGCGGUACAUCGAUGGGGGCUUCACAGGCAUGCAGCCCUGUUCCUUCUGGACUGACUCCAUCACCAUCUCCACCUUCAGCGGGCAGCAGGACAUCUGCCCCCGGGACUGCCCCGCCAUCUUCCAUGACUUCCGCAUGUUCAACUACUCCUUCCAGUUCUCCCUGGAGAACAUCGCCAGGAUGACCCACGCCUUGUUCCCCCCAGACCUGAUGGUCCUGCACAAUUACUACUACCGAGGGUACGAAGAUGCCGUUUCAUACUUGAGGAGGCUGAAUGCUGCUUACAUUAAUUCUCCCUCCAGAAGAGUGAUUUUCCCCCGGGUGGAAGUGUACUGCCGGAUAGAACUCGCCCUUGGCGAUGAUUGUCCUGAACGCAGUAAACCAAGCCGCCAAACCGAGCAGGCCAGUCUGGAAGAACCCACGCAACCUCACACUCAGCAGGCUCCCAAAGGGGAAGGAAGCAGUGGCCACGGUCCACCUGUGUCCCCACCUGAACAGACACCUGAAUCCACACAGGAGCGGCCUGUGGAGUCGCCCGUUUCACCACCUGUCUCUUCAUUUGAGCAGUCACCUGCAUCGCCACCGGCCUCCUCAUCCUCACAUUGUCCAGCUGACUCACUGCCUGUAUCACUUCCAGCCGCGCCCUCACCACCCGGCUCAAGACCCAGCCUACCACCUGUGUCACCGCAGCAGCAGGCACGACCGACUGGAUCGCCACCCCCAUCCCCACCCUCCCAGUCAUCUAUGUCAAUCAGGCCACCUGUGGGGCCGUCCUUGGUGGGGACACCUCAAACGUUGCCUCCAUGUUCUUCCGCAUCACCUGCACAGCCACCCGUGGAGGGCCUGGGCUCAGAACAGCCCCAAGUUCCUCUUGCCUCUUUAAUUCCCCCAAGUACGAGACCUCUGGUGAGUGUGAAGGAGUCCACCAGCAAGCCCGACACCUUGGCGAGCCCUGCUGCAGGCCCCCGCUGGGCCAGUGAGGUAUUCAAGAAGAACAAACUGAAGGCAAGUGGCACGAGAAAAGGCUUCCCAAGACAACCACGAUCCAAAAAACCAGGCAGCAAAGUGCAAUCUGCCCCCUGCCCACUCGACUUUUCUGUGCUCUCCACCUCCAAGACUGUCUGGGUCACCUAUGGGCCUCAUCCCAGCGGGACCCAGGAAUGCAGCUGUCCUGAGGACGCUGUGAGCCGAGAGAGAACUUGAGCUGGGACAGGACAGGACCUGACAGCCCCGAGGCCGAGGCUCCUCCCUUCUGUUCUCAGAUGCUGGCCCCUCACCUUGGCCUUUUGGGGACCAGGGCGGCACCCACUGUCACACCUGUUGGUGCAGGGGGUCCUGCUUCUCCCGGGUGACCAACUUCUUGUCUAAACAUCCUCUCAGCUUCCUUGUGGGCCUUCCAAUCCUUCCACUACCCUGCUCUAGACGGGCAGACAAGGACAGACAAGCAAGUGGACUGGAACUGAAGAGCAUGCCGCACCGCCCCCUCCUGGCUGGCAGGGCUCAGCGCCUCCCUCCCAAGCCCUGCCUGAGUUUGCUUCUUUGAGACUGGCAGGAUCAGUCCUAGCCCACAGGAUCUAUCUGGCCCACAGAGGGCAACCCUGGGGGGUCAGGCAGGGCUGAGCCGUGGACACUUUCCUGUUUUCUGUGGUGUCAAAAAAAACAGGUUCUUCUUUUGUUUUGUUUUAAUUCACACAGCAUACUAAAAGCUCAAGUUGGAACUCCCGGACUCCACCUCAGACGCUUGCUGGAAUCCCCUGAUGGCACUGAGCUGGCGUCAGGCUUCCAAGCUGCCCGGGGACUGUCUGGCGCAGCCGUGUCCAGCUGGUGGCCCUGGACUUCCUGGAGUCCUGGUGUAGUGCUACAGGAAAUCAGGGGGUCAAACACCCCUGCCCCGCCUGCCCCCUAGCUGGAAUGAGGGCAGACUCAGCUGUUCACACCAAAGUGAAAAUGUUCCAUGAUAAGGACACCUUUGGCCUCAGUUUUUCCAGCCUGUUCAGAAAAAAAUUAGCCCCUCUGCUCCCCAGAGUGCACAUAACCUCCCACCCCAGCCAGGCCCAGUGCAGGAGCCCAGGCUGUCCCCAGGCCUCAGACGUAUUGCCUAGCAAAUCCUGGAACACACAUCCCUGGGGGCUGGGUGGAAGACGGCCCUGAACCCGGCUGGGGCCCCUGGGAGGACUCUCAGGAACUUAGCCGUGGAGGGAGGAGCUGUUAUGGCCAGGAGGCCCCAGGGAGCCCACUUUUAACAGGCCGGAGCAGAAUCAAGUCUCCAGUGUCCUUGGACCCCCUGCUCACUCUGAUUCUGUGGCCCAGACCAGUCAAGGGAAGCGCCCGGGUCCUGUGGAGUGACCCGCCCAGCCACAGGCCUUUCCUCCAGGAGUGGCCUCACCUUUGGCAAGUGGCCGCGGGCCCAGAGGCCUGAGACGCAGGAACCAGGGGAGGGAGCGUAUCAGCCCGGCACAGCUCAGGAAUGUGCAUCGCUUGGCAUGCAAGGGAGAAGCGAACAUGGUGCUAGCUGCCCUCUUACCCCGAAGCCUCUCUCAUGUUCGUUCUAAGUAUCAGUAAAGCCCCUUGGAUGUUUUCCUUCAUUUUGCUUAAUUUCCUCUUUCCCCACUUUGAGGUGAUCAAGAGAAUUGUUCUUUCGUUAGUUGCAGGGUUGAGGGGUAAAAUACCAGAAGCUUUGUUAAGUUUGAAUUUCAGAUAAACAGUAAAUAGUUAUUUAGUAUAACUAUGUCUCCAGUAUUACAGUUAUUUUUGUGUGUAUCUGAAAUUCAAAUUUAGCUGGGGCCCGAUAUUUUUAUUUGC